UAUGGUGGUGUGAGUGGAAACACAUUAUUAUCAUGUGAAUAAACACAUUUUGCAUGUUCAUUUUCUUAAAGAAGAACAUGAAAUAUCUUGGUACUUCAAUGGCCAAGAAGGUGAAAAAUCACAGUGGAAUAUACAAAUAAAGGCUCUGCAUCUACUCAUCGUACAUGUACAGGCUUUACAAGGAGGUGAGUCCAGUCUGGAGCUCCAUGCCUACCGGGCCACGGCCUCGAUCCAGGGAGCUUUCUUUCCAAGUAUGCUCAGAAGCAGCUCGGCUCUCCCAGCUCAACCAGUAUGGAACAAUCACCCGCCUGGAGCUCUGCUCAGCCUUGGGAACUGUUCAUCUCUGUCGCCAUUCUAUGGAAGACUAAGCCUGGAUAUAAAGCGUACAUUUUGAUUAAAGUAUCUGGUUUUAUGAUUGUAACCUUUUGUGUUGGUGGUGGUCUUAGCAAUUGCAAAGGAUUAUUUUACUGGGAAAAUGCAUGUUCUCAGUCAAACUUGCCUGGAAUAAGGGUAAAAAUGUUCUGCAUAUGUCGGAGGUGCAUAGAAAGGCUAACUGUGUCACAGACUCAUUUCUUAAAUAAUUAUGGUUGUUAAUCGUAAACCUGUAGUGAAUGAAUGGUGAAAUUACGUUCUUCUUACUUGCCUACAGAUAAAGCUAUUGAAUGUUCGCUGGAGGGCGCUAGUCUACUGAACUUGACUAGUAAAAACUGAGCUAUAAUUAUUUCACAGUGGUUCCUAAAUUACACUCUGACAUUCUCUGAAACACUUUCACUAUUUAAAAACCUAUAUGAAAUCAGAUUUUGAGAAGUUUAUUUUAAAAAUUCAAGACUCGCACAAGACGCACACAACCACCCAGUUGUCAACACUGAGCCAGAGUAGGCGGGAAUGUAGUUUGUUGACCAAUGAAAAAGCGACCCUGGGGCCAAUGAGAACUUUAGUUAUCGGUUGACAUGCGCUUAGUAGAAAGUCAGUGACAACUGGAGCAGUAGACGCGUUUUAAUUCACUUUGAGUGGAAACCUAUUAUGUAUUGAUAUCCUAUGUCUACAUAAUUCAACCUUGAAGAAUUAAAGAGCAAAAGAUGCAGUUCAUGCUGUUGUUCAGUCGCCAGGGGAAGUUGCGUCUCCAGAAAUGGUACGUCCCCCAGGCUGACAAGGAGAAGAAGAAGAUCACCAGAGAGCUUGUCCAGACCGUCCUGGCCAGGAAACCCAAGAUGUGUUCCUUCCUGGAAUGGAGAGACCUCAAGGUAGUUUACAAGAGGUACGCCAGUCUGUAUUUCUGCUGUGCCAUAGAGGACCAGGACAAUGAGCUGAUAACGCUGGAGAUCAUCCACAGAUAUGUUGAACUACUGGAUAAGUACUUUGGCAGUGUGUGUGAGCUGGACAUCAUCUUUAACUUUGAGAAGGCCUAUUUCAUCCUGGAUGAGUUCUUACUAGGUGGAGAGGCUCAGGAGACUUCUAAGAAAAACGUCCUGAAGGCCAUCGAACAAGCUGAUCUUCUGCAGGAGAAUCUAGACUUUCAGAUCCGUCUCUUCCCAGGUAUGCUGGUUCCUAAUAUCGGCGGGGGGGCCUCCGAGUCCUCUGGCCUCUUCCAGAACUAGGCUAAACCCUGAGGUGUACUGAACUGUCUUACCAGUCUGUUUAAAAACCCUGAGCCCCGUCAUGAGUACUUUAAUGUGCCUGUGUACUAAAUCGCACCUACUGCUGCUGCUGCUGCUGCUGUCAUCACUGCUGUCCUGUCAAUCCUGCAUGCUGAGCCCCUCCCCCAUUCAGGACAUUGCCCCUCCCCCAUUAAGCAUAUGGCCACACCCCUAUUCAGCACUUGGCCCCUCCCCUAUUCAGCACAUUUUCCCCGCCCCCUAAGCACUGGCGUCACCACACUGCCAUUGGUCCACAGCUUCAGCUCCUCUCACUUCUGUCAGCUGUUUCCGCUGUUUGGUGUCUAGCCUGAGAAUCAUUUUGGUUAAAUUAUGUUACGUUCAUGGGUUUAUUAGACUGUAUGUUUAAACAUGGGCUCUUCAAUGGCUUGUCAUUGUUUGUAUGUUCAUUUAUGAAUUUAGCCAUUGUGUUUCUUUCAAUGUUUACUGAGACAACAUGGUACAGCAAAUGAUCGAUCACACAUAGGAACACACAUGCUUAGGCCAUUGACCUUUCUUGUUGUGUCGUGAUUUUAUUUCUGUAUAGGUGUUUUAUGUAUGGUUUGUAAUGAUUCAGCAAAAAUAGUCUAUUAUUUAGUAUGACUUGCAGGAGGUUUAGAAGUGACCAUUAUUAUUUUGUUUUAUAUGUAAGGAUUAAAAGUAAGCAUUUUAACAUGUUCAUGCUGAUCAGCUGAAGAAAGUCCAUUUAGGGUCAGAAACACUGCUGGGUAUAAGUGUCACAUUCACAUGUGUGCUAGUUAGCUAUGUGCACUGAUCAAUGAAGAUGUCUUAGCUUUUGAUUUAAUGACAGACUUUUACAAUGAAAAUGUUAAAAGUUUUUAAUGAAUCUCCCAAGUGUAUUGGGUAUUAGUAUUCCACAUUUGUCAUUGUUGUAUGUUGUUUGUUUAAUUUGUCUCACAAAUGAAUUAUCAUUUUAAAUGAAGUAUAAUAAAUAGUUCU